AUGUCAACCAGCACACAGCUAUCGACUCAUUCCUCUCCGAGAGAAAAUGUCUCUUCAGCUCAUUCUCACACAACCAACACUAGUGGCAAUAACAACAAUAAUACAAUUUCACAAGGUACAACAACGACACCUGUGAGAGCAAGAAGAUUUGCCAAUACCAUGAGUCAAUCGUUCAAUCAACGACCUCUCGUGAUUAAAUAUUCAGCACAAAAUAAUUCUUCUUCUACUACUACUACUUCUACUACGACUAUGGGUAUUAGUAACAAUAAUCAAAGUGGUACUACUAGUAGUGUCAACAACAAUGGACAACAAGUGACUUCUCCGAUCCAUGAAGAAGUGGUUGAAGGAUUGUCACCGAUCAUGACAUGGAGUGCUAGUACUACAAAUACUACUACUGGUGUGAAAUCACCCACAAUGACAACGACCAAUACGGUAGACUCUCCAUUGGUUCUGUCACCAACUCCAAAUUUGACAUCUCCCACUUUGAAUCAAGGAUCUUUGAAUGAAAAUCUUUUCAAUACUAGUACGACCACUGGAACUCUCAAUACUACGAGUGGGAGUACUACAAAUACUACUACUUCUUCUGCCACUGCUACCACUACUACUGGAUUGACUCAAACAUCACCCUGUCUUGAAGUAUCGACCACUUCUUGGAAUCAUUGCUUUAAAUUAAGUGUUCCUUACAUUGUAGUGAGUUCCAAUAAGGUCAAGUAUCAAUUGAUCUUGUGUGUUCGAGAUCGAAACCAUAUUCCUCCUCUCUCGUGUCAAAAACGAUAUUCUGAUAUUUUGAAAUUUCAUCAACGUCUCUGCAAACUUAUGAAAAUGUCUCGAGAAGUACAAAAUUUAUUUCCAAGUAAGAGUAUUGGAUUUAUGGUCGGAAUUUCAUCGAAAAAUUCCAAUUCUCGAAAACGAAAAUCUUCGUUUGAGAAAUAUUUUGACAGUCUCGUUGAGGAAAUUUUCACACAAGCAAUUUCACAACCUCUUCCAAAGGAAUGGCUCUAUCAAAUCAUGACCAUUGUAUUAGAAGAAUUAUUUAAUAUUCAAUUUAUUGAAGAUGUUUUGAAUACUUUGAGAAAACCAGUAUCGAGUGGCACGAGCACUUAUAACAACAAUACCAACAGCACGGUCACGAAUGCGUUUAAGGAACUUGAAUCUGAUUUGAUCAAAUCUCUCAAUUUAUCAAUUUCAUUGAAACAAAUGGUCAAAGGUACUGUUUUCACACAUUUAAAUCCUCAUACUUCACUGAUUCAUCAACAAAUUACAGAAAAUUCAUCCAAUUGUAAGAUUAAUACCAUUUCUGAAAUGGUUCUUCAAAAUCAAGUGAAUGUAUUGCAUGUGUUUUGUGCCGAUCGAGCAAAACAAGAAGAAUUUGGAAUUAGUCCAGUCAUUGUCAAUUUAGCCAACGGUGAUGAAGAUCGAGACAUUCAAAACACAGAAUAUCAAAUUUUAAAAUUGAAUUUGAAUCGACAACGUGACACGAGAUUGUCACUCGACGGUAUACUUCAAUCCGUGGUUUCGGCAGCAGAUGUACAUAUUACUCUGAAAAAUUAUUAUUUAAAGUUAGAAUUUGAGGAAUUGAUAUCCACAGAUCCAACGUUGAAACAAUUAUUAGAGAAGGGAGAAAAAUGUAAAACAGAAUUUCUUGAGGAUGGUCUAAAACAAGUAUUUGUGAAUUCAAUAUUUGAUGAAAAUUCUGGAAGUAAGAUCUCUUUCAACGACGGAGAUGUCCAACAAGUGAAAAAGAUGUUAGAAACUCUCUCUGCACUCUCCAAACAAGCCAAAGAAAUUGACAUGAAAUAUUCAAUUUUAUUUACUCAAUUAUUGAAAGCUGUCAAUUCUGUAGACAAACAAUUGAUUCAAAAAACAGUGGAACAAAUUAAUCUCAAAUCUCAAGCCAUUUCUUCCAUUAAUGAGAAAGUCACAGAAGCACUCAAAUAUUGGUAUCAAUUUAUGGAACAAAAAACGAACAAGAUCAUUACAGAGCGAGAGGGUUUUCAUCAACAAUUCAUUCUCGUGUUUUUACUUCCAUUGUGUUUUAGUGUAGUGAGUUACAAGAUUUCAUGUGUGCCACAAGUUUUGAAAUUAUUUUUGGGUCUUUGUUGUGAAAGUAUUUGCACGGAAAUGGAGUUAAUGACUGAGAAUGAGUUGUACAUGCUUGGAGGUUUAAAGAAAACAGAUGAACAGGAUCAUCAAAAUUCCACACCAGGAGGUGCUGCUGGUCAUCACACGAGUGGUGCUGGAAGUGGUAACCCUACUCAGUCAGCUGCAACCAACAACAACAACAUGUCGUCAUUGUCAUCGCCCACCUCACCUUCAGAAGGUAAGAAAAAAAAGAAGAAUGCAUUGAACAAUGAUGAAGAACAAUUGACUCUUCCCAAGUCACUGUUUGGAACCAAUCCUAUUCAUGCUCUUAAGGUCAUGACACUGUUAUGUGAAUCUCAAUAUUCACCCUUCUCUUAUUGUGUCGAGUUUUUGAAAAAGUUAUGGAAUACCAUCAUUAGUGAAAGUAGUAAGGCAGUAGACGAUUGGCAAAAUGUACACUAUGUAUUGCACGAGGAGGAGCGAAAGCUCACGAGACUCUUCUUGAGCUUGGACGAUGACUCGGCUGUGGACGACUUUUUCAAUAUUCAAGAAUUGACCAAACAAAAAUUGGAGAGAGUGGCCAAGAAGUUGAAACUCUCUUCGGAAUGUUACAAUAUUUCACAUCACGAGUAA